AAGAGGAGGAGGCAGCAAUUUUACCACAAGAGACAGCCAGGCUGGCUUUUCUUCUCUCAGCCAGCCCAAUGACCUUCUUCCUUUUUGCUGACCACUCCCCGGGGCUGGCCUCGCUGCUGCUCACAAACAGCCAGCUGGAUAGCUCUGUGGGAGCAACUCAGAAGCUCUUCCUCAGGCCUCUAGCUGGGUGCUGCCCGGCACUUCACCAGAGGGAAAGCGCUCUUGGGAGAGCUUGACAGGUGCAGAAUCUCAGCCAUGUUGGCCUUCCUGUUCUGCGGCCUGUUACUGGCAGCCUGCAGCUCUGUCACCUGGACCAUGUCAGAUCCCCGGCACUCCGACGACAUCGACUUAGCAGACUUGCUUGACCAGGAUGAGAAGACAGACAGACUUGACCUGGUUCAGAAGACAGACAGACUUGACCUGGUUGAGAAGAUAGGCGACACGCAUGCCAAAGUACUGGAGAUCUGGAUGGAGCUGGGACGACGACAGAAAGUGGAUGCCACCGAGAUGCACGCAGUCUGCAGGGUACAGCCAUCAGCCACACUGCCACCCGAUCAGCCUCAGAUCACUGGUUUGGUCCUCUUCAGGCAGCUGGGGCCCGGCUCCAGGCUUGAGGCCUACUUCAAUCUGGAGGGCUUCCCAGCCGAGCAGAACGCCUCCAACCGCGCCAUCCACGUGCAUGAGUUCGGGGACCUGAGCCAGGGCUGCGAUUCCACGGGAGCGCACUACAACCCGCUGGAUGUGCAGCACCCGCAGCACCCGGGCGACUUUGGCAACUUCGCGGUACGCAACGGUCACCUCUGGAAGCACCGCGCCGGCCUGACCGCGUCGCUGGCUGGACCGCACUCGAUCUUGGGUCGAGCUGUGGUGGUCCACGCCGGCGAAGACGACCUGGGUAAAGGUGGCAACCAGGCCAGCCUGCAGAACGGCAACGCGGGUCGCCGGCUCGCCUGCUGCGUGGUAGGCACGAGCAGCUCCGCCGCCUGGGAGAGCCAGACAAAGGAGCGCAAGAAGCGGCGGCGGGAGAGUGAGUGCAAGACCACUUAAGCAUCACUCAGGGUCUCCGAGCCCAACCGCUGCACGCAUAGAUGCCUUCAUGCGCCUCUAGACGCCUCCAGUCACCCCAGAGGCCUCCGGACGGUCCUAGACAAAGGCCUCCCAGACACCUCAGUCGCCUCUGCGCUCCCCACAAGCUUCCAUGCACGCCAGACACCUCUGUAUGGCCCCAGAUGCCUCCACGACGAACCUCCUCAGACCCCUCUGCGCGCCCCCAGACACCGUUCCUCUGUGUCCAGGACACCUUGAGUAACCCAGAAAUCCUUUCACGCCCUAUGCACUUCCACAGACCCAGAACUCAUUUGUGUGGUAUUCCAGAUCCACCUGAGCCCCUUUGUGUCCCAAGACAAUCCCACAAGCCUCCUAGUCUUUGAGUCUGCUCUCAGAGAACCCUCCUCCUUUCCCCCAGAGAUCGAAUGUGCUCAGAUACUCUCCUACUGAGGACCUCCCCAGUUAGCACCUUGGGGUGGACUGAAAUAUGGCCCACCCCACUUCCUCCUGCCCUCUUUCGUUUUCUUCCUGUCCCCUAGCACCAGAGACUCCUCUCUUCCCUAGAGAUCUCUUUUUUUCUUCCCUUUGUUCCUCCAAGGCGCUCUGGGACCACUCUGACACCACCCCCAAGAUUCUGUGUUCCUGAUCACCUCCUGCGGGGGCUCCAGGUUCUGUUUUCAUCUGUUUCCCAUAUGGUGCCUGCACCCCAGGGAGAGCAGCUCCUUCGAGAGAGAGUAUUUGGGAACCUUUAUGUUGCUCAUUAAAAACAUAGCGAUUCAGUCCUGCA